AUGAAUGCUAGGCGAACAGGCCCUUUAAGUUCAAAUGUGCGCCUACAUGUACGAGAUUUUUGCCCUUUCGCCAAGGCUCGAGCAACAGAAUUGCCAAUAGCCUUAGCCACCCAGCUAAUAUUGCCCGUAGAGCCCGUUAUUUGCUUCUGCACGGAAAUUCGUUGGAUUCGCCAACAGGGGGAAAUGGACUGUGGGCUUGCAUGUACUCAAAUGAUCCUAAGGACGCUGGAUGAAUUGGGGGAUUGCCCCCAGCCGUCCUUCCUUCUUACAGAUUUACGGGAGAAUAUGCCUUCAAAGCCCCAGGUCUUUGAAAGUCACAGCGAGGACAGUGGAGCCACAACUGGUGUGUAUGCUGAUUCUGGCCGUGGUCUAUCUUCGCGCAGGAUUCCAAGGAAGCGUGAGCGGCUGAUACGACGUACAGAGGGCUCUCAGGAAGGACGUCUUCCAAACUCUCCUAAAAGCUUUAAAGUAUUAGGGUCAACAGGAAGCCAUGGGUCCAGUACAGUGGAGUCAGUAGAUGCACUUCCGAUUGAAUAUUAUUGCAUGCGUGCCGAUGCAACGGAAGCGAAGCUUGGAUCUGAGCUCGCGAACCGCGGGCAUUGCAAGUGCCUUAAUGAAGUGCUUCAAGAAGCAGGCAGGGAGCGAUCCCGUUCACAAAAGGGUGGAAACGGCUUUCUGAAGCAGUGCUCAUUAGAAAAGGGCUUCUUCAGUGGUACCUUAAAAAGUGCUCUCAGACCUGUAUCCGAGCAGAAGGCGAGAGAAUUGCUGCGGCGAGCAGCUCACGGAGGGUGGACUGUGGAACUCCUGCUGCUGCUGCAGCAUUUGCCUUGCGGCAUUGCCACCUCUUUUACGGGGUUUAACCCAAAGCAUGCGGAUAAGCCUUUCUAUAAGUCUUUUGCCAGUGCUCACAAUGCUUUUGAUGAGGAGGCGCAACGCGUCGCAUCGCAAUUCCGUCAGGCGAGGCGCCUGGGCCUCCAAGUUGUCACUGGAAGAAUCUCCCGGGCCUCCCUGGCUUGGGAAGUGCUGAACGGACGAAUGGCUAUUGUGCUAGUAGACGGGGGGCGCCUUGUUGCCCCAGACCCGCACGAAGUGCCUCCGCAACAGUAUGAUGGACACUUUGUGGUCGUCUGCGGUGUAUCCCUUGCACUAGCGGCAACGGUGCUCGGGACUCAACAGCAUCAAGAAGCCGCUUCCUGCGAAAUGGAAGCGAAGCCUUUGGACGAAACGCUGAAGAGUAAUUUGUUUGUUGCCAGCGAGGACCCAAAGAGAAUUUCCCCCGUCUCCUUGACCUCGGCUAGGAAUGCAUUUGUAGAUGGCGUCAGGGCCUGUCAGGUGAAGGCUUUCCUUCUUAAAGAUCCCCAGUGUCCCCAGGCCUCGUGGAUCACCCCCGAGAGGUUGGACAUCUGCAGAGACACCGAUGGGACAGAUAAUGAUCUGAUCGUCGUGCAGAUGCCAGAACGCCUGCAAAAGGCAUGGGUGAUGCCCGCACCUUCCGAAUCCUCUCAGUGGAGUGAAUAUACCGCUUCUCCGUACGUUGCAGACCUCCUCGGUGCCAGCUUCAUCGAGGCAGUAAUUUGGGGACUUUGA